AUACGAGAAUCGCAAGUAAAUGUAAACAGUUAGUGGUCAACUGUCCGGUGUCCAACUCGCUAUACAUUUAAAACCCCAUUAAUCGAUUCGCAUCUUGUGUUAAAGUUAAUUUGAUAAAAUAAAAAUGUUGAAAAAGUUGCUAAAAGUGUGCGCGGUAUUCAUGAUCUUUUUCAAAUGUGCGGCGUCAAUUCGUUGUUUCGAGUGCAACAGUAUGAACAACUCCAUGUGCCUGGACCCCACGAUCUACGACAAAGAGACCAUCAACAACUUCCUGCCAAUCACGGAGUGUGGCCGCGGCAUCUACUCCGCCAAUAACGAAUUCUUUUGCAGGAAGAUUAUUCAGACCAUUCUCCACAAAGGCUACGAGCCUGAAGUCCGUGUGACCCGCAGCUGCGGCUGGGUGCGCCACCACCGCGACUGUUACAAGGCUGACAAUGAAGACCAUCUCGAAACUGUCUGUCAGUGCUUCGACAACGAGUGUAACUCUGCCACCGUCCGCAAGAGCGCGCUAGCUCUGGUUUUAGGCGCGACAGUUAUGAUGUACCUGUGAUUAAAUGCAGUAUUAUUUUG